GCGUCCUCGGGCAUCCAGCAGGCGCGCGGCAGGGCACUCGCUCGCGGCCCCCGCGCGGACGGCCGCCGCCCCCUCCUUUAAGGAGGGCGUGCGGGGAGGCCGGACGCCCGGCGCCUCUCGUGGGGUGCAGGGCGAUGCGGCUGGCGGCCGGCGGGGUCUAAGGGCGGGGCAGUGCAGACCCGGCGGGGACGCGCCGCCGCCUUUUGCAGCGGCGGAGUCCCCGGGGGGGCGGAGAGACCAGGAGGGGGGCCCCCCAUCGCGGGGGAAGAGGCGAGGGAGGUGGGCGAGAGCCCAGAGAUCCGAGGAUACAGAGCGCGAGGGGAGGAACGAGGUGGUGGAGGAGUGAGGCCCCGCUGGGGGGCGGGGAGGCCAGGAGGGCCCGGACCCCCCUUGCGUCGCGACGAACAAAAAAAAAUGAGGCGCGGCGGCGCGGCGCAAGCCCGCCGCCCACGCGGGCGCGGCGCCCUGCGGCGAGUGGCGCCUGAAGGCCAGGCGCGGGCGCUCGCGGCGCAGAGGGCGGGCGCCGAGGGCGUAGAAGCACAGGCUGGCCAUCGCUUGGACGUCGAUUCCGACUCAAACACGCACACGUCCGAGCGAUGCCAGGAGGGAGGGGGGAGGGGGGGAGGGAGGAGGGCGGAGGAAGGAGGAAGGAGCGAGGGACCAGGGGCUUCCAGGAUCCAGGGACUCGGGGAGGCCCCCUCGCAGUCCGAAGGGGCACCCUGCAUUGAAAAUAACAAGAGCUAGCUACGUAUCCCGUGAUCAGCAAGCAUAUCACAGUCUCUACUCAUCCCACCUGAAGCCCCUGGAAGGCUCGACAGCGCCUGUGUGGUUCCUGUUCCGCGGCCUGUCGAACUCGCCGGCGUACCAGCCGUCGAAGUCGCACAUGGGUUGCCCUGCGGUCAGGCCCGGGUCGACCCCGUGCAUCUGCUCGAACUUCGCGAGAACCUGCCUCAGCCUGUCCUUGCACUUCUCUGGGUCGUUCCUGCCGUCCCAGAAGCUGACGCCGAUGCCCCUGUCCGUGUCCCAGUCGUACUCCCGCGUCACCGAAAUGUUCUUGAACCACUCGCCGAAGCUAGGCAGGGUGCCUGCCAGGUCGUCUAUCAUGACCUCUCCUG